UGCAAAUUGGCUCUAAUUCGAAAGCACCGUUUGAUUUAUUUUAAAUGCGUUGUGAUAUUUAAUUAAACAGUUGUUGGCAAAAUAUCAGUUCUCUAAUAAUUCACAGUUAACAAUUCUAGUGACUGUUUUAUAUCAAUAUCGAAAUUCUUUGAAGGGGCGUCAACUGUUCAGGUUAGAGGAGUGUACGCCUAAGAAUUCUUUAGUGGAAUUAAUUAAAAGUUCAAAAUGUCGGUGGAAGCUGCAAAUGAUCCAACAACCACAACCACAAAUAUUGUUCGAUUCGAUAAAUUUUACAUAAGGACUAUUCCCGAUGGUGUACUGAAAGUUGCACAAAUUGCUUUAAAUUUGCUUGGAUUUAUUUGUAUCGAAGUUUCCAAUGCAUCAUAUACAUCAAGAGGUGCAUGGUUCAACACUGUGUCUAUGACAGCAUUUUGGUUUACGGGAAUUAUGCUGAUUUUAUACACUUUUCACAUAGUUGAGAAAUUCUACCAAAUUCCUUGGCUCAAAAUAGAGUUUGUGUUUAACGGUUUAUGGACAUUUUUCUACUUGUUAGCAGCAUCCUUAGCUGCUGCACAUGGAUCAUAUUAUGAAGCAUUUGCAGCUGCAGCGUUCUUUGGUUUCUGUGCGAUGGUUCUAUAUGGAUACGAUGCAUUCUUGAAAUUCAAAGCUAUCAGAAUGGGUCAAAGUGCGCAAGGUGUUAGACCAGAAUCCAAAGUUACAACACCCACACGACAGGGUUAUUAAAUGUAACUUAGUUAUUAAACGCAUCACUUUCUGUAAUUUUAUGUACUUGAUAACUUAAACAUUAUUUUUAACUAUGCUGUUUACCAAAAUUGUUAGUAAUUCAUAUUUAACACUUUUGGGGUUCCUUUUGAAAUUAUGAACAGAUUUUAAUUAAUAUUUCUGUGGUAGUGGAAUGAAUGUUAUAAAUCAUUGUGGGUUCCUAUAAUAAUUUUUAAAACGGUGCUAGUCUUUUGAUAAUUUUGUAUCGUACAAAGACAAAUUACUGAUGGAAAAUUAUUUUAUUUUUUGUGAUUGCUUGUUGACCACUUUCUUCAACAGU